AUGUUUGAGGAGUUUAUUCACAAGCAUUCCAAGGCGUACAAGCACGACUUUGAGGAGAAGUUGAAACGAUUCAAAGUAUUUAGCACUAAUCUGCGGAAGAUUGCCGAGCUAAACCAGCACGAGCAAGGAACUGCUGUUUAUGGAAUUACUGAAUUCACUGAUUUGACGUACCAGGAGUUCCGAUCUACAAAAAUGGGUUUAAAUAAAGCUCUGUACAGUGAACCACCAAGAACACUUCUGCAGGAAACCGAGCAUUUUGAAGGAAACACAAACUUACCGACGCAGUUUGAUUGGCGUCAGACGAAAGGUGUGAUUAGUGAGGUCAAAAACCAGGGAAUGUGUGGAAGUUGCUGGGCUUUUAGUACAACUGGCAACAUUGAAGGAGUCUGGGCGGUUAAGAAAAAUGAAACAGUUUCACUCUCGGAACAAGAACUGGUCGAUUGCGACAGUUUAGACGCUGGAUGUGGUGGAGGUCUUCCUACAAACGCCUUCAAGACUAUUAUUCGCUUGGGAGGCAUCGAAUCAGAGAGAGAUUACUCGUAUGAUGGAGUUCAAGAAAAGUGUCGCUUUAACCGAACACUGUCGCACGUUUCCAUUGAUUCGUACUUGGAACUCCCGAAAAAUGAAACCUAUUUUCAGAACUACCUUUUUGCCAACGGACCCAUCAGCAUUGGUUUAAAUGCUAAUGCUAUGCAGUUUUACUUUGGUGGAAUUUCGCACCCACCCAAAUUCUUAUGUGACCCCCAGAAUCUUGAUCAUGGAGUGUUGAUCGUUGGAUUCGGUGUGGGAAAGACGAGAAUCCUCCACCGAACAUUGCCUUACUGGAUAAUUAAAAAUAGCUGGGGAAAAGGCUGGGGCGAACAUGGGUACUAUCGAAUUUACCGUGGUGAUGAUUCCUGCGGCCUGACACAGAUGGCUUCGUCGGCUGUGAUCAACUGA